AUGGCGCUCUACCCGCAGCCCGCGGGCUACAAGGCGGGGUGGGGUAGGGCGGGCGGUGGGGGGCGGAGCAUAGGACUCCGGAUUUUCUCACCCUGGCUGACGCGCCAACGCCCCCAUCAGCCGGAAAUAUCGGCUCAGCCGGUGCAUCCCAUGGUGCUUCCCCGGAGAGCCAUGGCCACUUUCCGCUUGGCCCUCAUCCAGCUUCAAGUUUCUUCCAUCAAAUCGGAUAACCUCACUCGAGCUUGUGGCCUUGUCCGGGAGGCAGCAACGCAGGGAGCCAAAAUCGUUUCUCUUCCAGAAUGUUUUAAUUCUCCAUAUGGCACAAAAUAUUUUCCUGAAUAUGCAGAAAAAAUUCCUGGUGAAUCCACACAGAAGCUUUCUGAAGUAGCAAAGGAAUGCAGCAUAUAUCUCAUUGGAGGCUCCAUUCCUGAAGCAGAUGCUGGGAAAUUAUAUAACACAAGUGUCGUGUUUGGGCCUGAAGGAAAUUUACUGGUAAAACACAGAAAGAUCCAUCUGUUUGACAUUGAUGUUCCUGGGAAAAUUACAUUUCAAGAAUCUAAAACACUGAGUCCUGGUGAUAGUUUCUCCACAUUUGAUACUCCUUACUGCAGAGUGGGCCUGGGCAUCUGCUAUGACAUCCGCUUUGCAGAGCUUGCACAAAUCUAUGCACAGAGAGGCUGCCAGCUGUUGGUAUAUCCUGCUGCUUUUAAUUUGACCACUGGACCAGCGCACUGGGAGUUGCUUCAGCGAGGGAGGGCUGUUGAUAACCAGGUGUAUGUGGCCACAGCAUCUCCUGCCCGGGAUGACAAAGCCUCCUACGUUGCCUGGGGACACAGCACUGUUGUGAAUCCCUGGGGUGAGGUCCUAGCCAAAGCUGGCACCGAAGAAACAAUUGUGUAUUCAGACAUAGAUCUGAAGAAGCUGGCUGAAAUACGCCAGCAAAUCCCCAUUUUUAGCCAGAAGCGAUCAGACCUCUACACAGUAGAGGCAAAAAACCUCUGAAGUUUGGUUUCCAACAUGUCAUAAAACAAGAGAAUGUGAUUCCGCAACAUAAUUAACUCAUACAGAAUUUUUUAAUGAAGA